AUGUAACAACAUUAUCUUAAUCAUGCUAAUCCUACAAAUGGUGGUGUAGUUCCAAAUCCAUCUACAGGAACAAGAAGUUAAAGUAAUUUAGAUGAAGAUUGGCUAUUAAUUGCUGGUAUAGUACUAGCAUUUUCUUAAUUGGGUUUUGGAUUUUUAGAGGCUGGAUCUGUUAGAUAUAAGAAUGCUUAAUCAAUAGUUAUAAAGGUAUUUCUUGGGUUAUGUUUAACAGUGUUAAUUUAUUGGUUGGUAAUAUGAUUUGUAAUAAUAAAAAAUAGUUCGGUUAUGGAUUUUCAUAUGGUGAUGAUUUUGGAACAUAUUUUAUGGGAGGUACAAAACUUGGAGCAUAUAAUUGGUCAGCAACAGAGACAUAAAAUGAUUAUUCAAAUUUUGGUAGUUAAAUUUAAUAUUAUUAAUAGUGUUUAGAGCAACUUUAUCUUGUAUAGGUGUAUCAAUAGUAUCUGGAGGAGCAGCAGAGAGAUUAACAUUCUUAGCCUGGGGUGUUUUGGCUUUAUUUUAUUCAGGAUUUGUAUCACCGGCAAUAGUUCAUUGGACAAAUAAAGAUGGAUGGUUAACAAAGUUAGGAUAUAAAGAUUUUGGAGGAGCAGGAUUUAUAUUUUAUUCAGCUGGUGUUGCAGGUUUAAUAGUUACUAUAGUAUCAAAACCAAGAAAAUAUAGAUUUGAAUAAAAUUCUAGUUUAAAUUUUUAGGCAUUUAGUUCAAUAUAUGUGGCUUUUGGCACAAUAAUUCUCUUUGCAACAUGGAUGUUUAUUAAUGGUGGAUAAAUCUAAUCGGGUUAAUCUACUCCAUACAUUCAAGGAUUAGUGGCUGUUAAUACUUUGGUAGCUGGAGCUGUAGGUGGAUUUUGGAGUUUUAUAACUAGAUAUUUUACAAAAGAAACAACAAGUUUAUUCUCAAUAUCUAGAGGUAUAUUGGCUGGAUUAGUAGUCAGUUCUGCUGCACCUCAUGAAUCAUAAAUUUGGGCUACUUCUAUUAUUGCCUCUAUUGCUGGAAUUAUUUAUACAUUAUCAGCUACAGCCUUACCAAAAGUUAAAUUAGAUGAUCCAGUAUAAAUUGUUCCAAUUUUCUUGGUAUUUAAUUCAUUUAUUUUAGCAUGGUGGAUUCAUAGGAAUCUUAUUUACUGGUCUAUUAGAUAUUAAUGGAGGCUUAUUCUAUGGAAAAGGAAUGAAAUUACUUGGCUGUCAAUUAUUAGGUUUAUUAAUUAUAACAGUUUGGGUUGCCUUCUUUGUUUUCUUUAUCCUUAUUGUUUUAAAAGGUUUUGGUGUUUUGAGAAUUGAUUCCGAUACAGAAGUAGCAGGAAUUGAUAAAGAAAAAUGUAAUUUAUCAUUUUAUUUUAGGUAAUUAUGAAGCCAUAUCAUUUACUAAUGAAGAUCACUAGCAAGUGAACAUUAUAAAAACAGUUUCUUAUUGA